UGCGCGCUCCCGACGCAGGGGAUGGGGGGAUACCCUAGCUUGGCACGGCAGGUUAAAGGCUGUUUCUACACUCGCUUCUAUAGUUACAAGGCAGACGUGUGUUGCUUGUGUAUUGGACAUGUUGACAUAGACAGCAUAUUGAAAGCUUUGACAGAUGGAACAAACUGGAGCCAAAUGGAGCAGCUGUGUUGGACAGUUUUGUGCUUCGACAGCCGCGUUAUUGUUGCUGUGGAUGAACGGACUGUCCCUCGUGCAGAUGGCCCACUGCUCCGUCACGUACAGACACCAACCAGUGACAGUGAACUACACCCUGUAGGAGAUCCAGUGUUGGUGGAUGAGACAGAAGCUGCAUCCUUCCUGUCCCGUUCACUGCUCUAUAACAGCUGGGACUUUGAGCUGGUUGUGCCUGGUGAUGUGGAGAGGGAGUGCAUGGAAGAGAUUUGCAACUACGAGGAAGCCAGAGAGAUUUUUGAGGACACUGCGAAGACGGAAAAAUUUUGGAAAACGUACACCAAUCAAGGUAGUGCAAACAGACUGGACGUGUCAGGUCUGGUGGCAGGGAUCCUGGCUGUACUAGUGUCUGCUGUAAUUGCCACGGUGCUGGGAGUGUACUGCUACAAAGCCAAGAAAAAGGGUGCACGGAGGUCUGGCCGACCUCCAGUACAAAUUGCAGUAGAUGGGCAUACAUCAGCUCCGGAGACGGUGCCCCUAGGUGGGAUCACUGCACCCGGUCUGCCUAGCUACAACGAUGCCCUGAACCACAGUGGACAGCACGAUGCUCCACCACCACCAUAUUCAGGGGGUGCGCCGUCGGUAUCUGCUGAUCCAGGUGACAAUGAAUGAAAGCCCUGCAGGUCACUGUGUGAUAACCUUGACACUGAUGGUUUGGGGAAAAUUUCUGGUUGUUUUUUAAAAUAUACAUAUUUUCCUUAGGAGUGCAGUUCAAAGACAGUCCCAAAGUGGACCGUAGCUAAUCAUUUGUCACUAGUCUGAUCACUUAAGACUUCGUUUUUGUGCUGUGUUUGUGCAUUUGUGUUCAAGAAAAACCAAGAUGCAUU